GGUAGAGGGCGCUUUUAAUUUUAUUUCAGAAAGUUGAAGUUGAGUUGAACGGGAAAGUUGUAAAUAAUUUUCACAAAAUAUCGACGAAGCGCCUUAAUUUCAAGCGUAAGAUAAAUAAAAAGUGACUCAAUGAUUACAAAGUGAAUCCAGAGAGUAAUGGAAAACCAUAAACAGAGUGCCAUAUGAAACAAAAAACUAUCAUUGCGCACGAUACCCCAACGCCAUUUUGAGGCGAAAUUUUCUAAAUAGCGGCAACUCGGAGGAUGGCCCGGGGCGGCGGGAGUGCUCUAAUUAACUGACGGACGCUGCCGGCUCUCAGCUGGCGCGAGCAAGUCAACUAUGGUAACAGAUGGUUGUUGGUUGAGGAAGGCUGCCUCAGCUAAAUAUGUAUGCAUAAACAUGUACAGAUAUAAAAUAAGAGUCUGCUGAUAUAGUAAGGGAAAACAUAGAAAUGGCUACUUGCAAUAACACAGAGAUAAAGAUGCCUCGUCCUGGCAGCCUCAAGGACCCAGACAUUGCAGAGUUGUUCAGCAAACAUGACCCGGAGAAGAUCUUUGAGGAUCUCCGGGAGAUUGGCCAUGGAUCUUUCGGGGCAGUGUAUUAUGCUCGCUGCAAUCUCACAAAGGAGAUUGUGGCUAUCAAGAAAAUGUCAUACUUGGGGAAGCAGAGUGAGGAGAAAUGGCAAGACAUCUUGAAAGAGAUAAAGUUCUUGAAACAAUUGGAACAUCCGAACACCAUAGAAUACAAAGGGUGCUACAAACGGGAGCACACGGCGUGGCUGGUCAUGGAGUACUGUGUCGGCUCGGCCUCUGACAUUAUCGAAGUUCACAAACGUCCCCUUCGUGAAGAAGAAAUUGCAGCAAUAUGCGAGGGCGUCGUCUGCGGGCUGUCCUACCUGCACAGCCUGGGCCGUAUCCACCGCGACAUCAAAGCUGGCAACAUUCUUCUCACAGAGAACGGGACAGUCAAACUGGCCGACUUUGGGAGUGCGAGCAUCAAGUGCCCGGCGAACAGUUUCGUGGGAACGCCGUACUGGAUGGCCCCAGAGGUCAUAUUGGCGAUGGACGAGGGGCAGUAUGAUGGAAAGGUGGACGUCUGGUCGCUGGGCAUCACGUGUAUUGAGUUGGCGGAGCGCAAGCCCCCCUACUUCAAUAUGAACGCCAUGUCUGCCCUCUACCACAUCGCGCAGAACGACUCUCCUACAUUACAGGCUCCAGAAUGGUCGGACACGUUUCGAUACUUCGUCGAAGCGUGCCUCCAAAAGAACCCUCAAGACCGACCUUCCUCAAUGAAGCUGCUCCAGCACCCCCACAUCACGAGGCACCGGUCGACCAACGCGUUGGUCGACCUGAUCCAGAGGACGAAGGCGGCCGUUCGCGACCUCGACAAUUUGAACUAUAGGAAGAUGAAGAAGAUAUUGAUGGUGGAUGGUGACAACGAGAGCGCUAUCGGUGACAGCGAAGAAACCGCCGAGGAGCGUUCAGGCGGCGACAGCUCCAAGUCCAACUCGGCCACGUCCGAGCACAGCGCCGCCGGCGCCUCCAGCCAGUCCUCCUCCUCCGGCAGCCUGCGCCGGCGGCCCCGCCCCCAAAUCAACGCAAACCACCACAACCAGCAACCACCGCAAUACCAGCAUCUCAACCACCAGCACUCCUCCCAUUCUACGAGAGAGAGCGAGAGCCCUCUGCCGCCGCCCAACGACGACUACGUUAACAGGGACGCGCUGCGAGAGUUCGCCAACCGCGACUCUCUGUGCGACGACUACGGCGAUGACUACGCGAAUAGGGAGGCGAUCCGUGAAGCGCAGCGGGAGCGAGAGCGAGAGCGGCAGGCGGAGUACCGCGAGUACGUCAACGCGCCCUCCACGUGGUCGUCGCAGCAGGACGACGAGCACAGGAACACGCAGCGUCGGCAGGCCAAUAGAGUGAGCAACAACGUGUCGGCCACGCUGUCGCUCGUGUCGGAGCACGGCGCUAACAACUUCGCAACGAUACGCACCACCAGCAUCGUCACCAAGCAGCAGAAGGAACACAACCAGGAGAUGCACGAGCAAAUGUCUGGUUACAAGCGAAUGCGACGCGAGCACCAGGCGGCGCUACUGAAGUUAGAGGAGCGCUGCAAGGCCGACGUGGACGCGCACAAGGCGCAGCUCGACCGCGAGUACGACGCGCUGCUGCAGCAGCUGAGCCGCGACCUGGAGCGGCUGCAGACAAAACACGCUCAAGAACUUGAGCGUAAGACAAAGCAGAACGCCGUAGCGGAGAAGAAGCUAGUGAAAGACAUCACGGCGCGGCAGGAGCAGGACCGGAAGGCGUUCGAGGCGCAGCGCAAGCGCGAAUACAAGGCCAACAAGGAGCGGUGGAAAAAGGAGCUCAGCAUGGACGAUGCCACGCCCAAGAGGCAGCGGGAUGCCACGUUACAGUCGCAGAAGGAUACCCUGAAGCAAGCAGAAGCGGCGGAGGAAGCCCGGCUAGUGCGGUCGCAGCGCGAGUACCUGGAGCUGGAGCUGCGGCGCUUCAAGCGCAGGCGCAUGCUCGCGGCGCACCACAAGGAGCAGGAGCUGCUCAGAGAAGAACUGAACAAACGACAACAGCAACUAGAUCAGGCGCACGCCAUGCUGCUGCGGCAUCACGAGAAAACGCAAGAGCUCGAGUACCGACAGCAGAAGGGGGUGCACGCGUUAAGAGAGGAGCAACUGAGCAACCAGCACGCUACAGAGCUGGCCAACCAGCGCGAGUACAUGGCGCGUGCCGAGCACGAGCUGCGCAAGAAGCACGCGCUGCAGCUCAAGCAGCAACCCAAGAGCCUCAAGCAAAAGGAGAUGCAAAUUCGCAAGCAGUUUCGAGAGACGUGCAAGAUCCAGACGCGUCAGUACAAGGCCCUCAAAGCGCAAAUUUUACAAAUGACAGCCAAGGAACAACAAAAAGAAGUGAUAAAAUCGCUGAAGGACGAGAAGCGGCGCAAGCUAGUACUGCUGGGCGAACAGUACGAUCAGAGCAUCAGCGAGAUGCUGCAGAAACAGACGGUGCGGCUCGACGAGAGCCAGAUGAUGGAGUGCGAGCAGCUGAAGAUGCAGCUGGAGCACGAGCUGGACAUGCUGACAGCGUACCAGAGCAAGAGCAAGAUGCAGGCCGAGGCGCAGCGCAACCGCGAGCGCCGCGAGCUCGAGGAGCGCGUCGCCGUGCGCCGCGCGCUGCUCGAGCAGAAGAUGGAAAUGGAGAGCGCGCAGUUCCUGGCGGAGCGCGCCGAGCGCACGCGCAUGCUGCACGAGCGCCACGAGCGCGACCUCGACCACUUCGACAACGAGUCCGCCCGCCUCGGCUUCAGCGCAAUGGCGAUCGCGGAGGGCAGCCGGGACGGGUUCGGCGACGAGGAGCAGUCGCUGUCAGGCUCCAUGCUCUCGCUCGCACACUCCAACUCCUCCGCCUCCUUCCCCGCCGGCUCGCUCUAACGGGACGGUCGUGUCCCACACUCCACACCCCACCCCGCCCCAUCCACACAAAUGCUUUUGCCAAAAGCAAAUGAGGUAUCUUGUCUUGUUGCCAUUAUAUUUGUGUCGGCGCGUAUCAAACGUAAUAUCGCAUUUUUGUGCGUCUGAUGUGCACCGACACUUUCUUUGCCAAAUUCUCCUGUCGUACGACAGUUAUUAUUAGCGAAGUGAGAAAUAAUUUUUAUUUCUAGUUUUAUUGGCAGUCGUAGGAAUUAAUCGAGUCAGUGGUGGCUGAAGGCCUAUCGUCCUAAUGAAUGUUUAUCGAACGUUUCGUGUAUGUGCUUUUGGCAAGAGCAUAGUAGAUUCAUAUCCCCAUUUACUUACUGAGACUGUCCAGCCCUCCCUAGGAAUGAGUAUGGAAAGGAUAAUAUCUGUGCUUAAAAAUGGCGAUUCCAAAUUGUUACGCUGUUAUUUGGCAACGUUGCCCACGCUUUGUUUGUGAUUAUGAUGUUUUUUGUUAUGUCUUCCAAUUGUCGCAGUAUUCGUAGUCUACGAGGGUGGUUCGGGAGGGCAUUUCCUAUUCUACAUUAUUUAAGUUUAUGCACUCCAUAAUUAAAUAAUUAUAUCUUAAUAGAUGCGACGACGCGGCUCCGGCUCAAUAGGACAAUCCGUUUAUUCUAACACUAGUUUAUAGCAUAUUUAAUAUUACAGGUUUAUUCGGUUUCUAAUAUUGUUAAGUUAGCGUGUACAUCAGUGGUGUACGCUUACCUCUCGCUGGGGCCGCGGUGUGUGUGACGAGUGCCGACAGAAUGCUGAUAUUUAAAUUGUGCAGUCGUGUGAGAAUGAAACGCUUUUAUAUUAGACAUUUUACGCAGUAGGGCGGGUCCGUUGGUCUCCCGGGCGCGCUGUCGCUACUGUUCAUGACGAAGCGAGGUCCAGUGAUACAUGUACGAUGUGGUAUCGAUCUCCGCGGGCGACUCGAUGUUUUGAGUCCGUUUUAUGAAUAAAACCAUUCGGAAUAUACCUAUAAACGAUCUCUUAGUCGUAAGAAAAUUAAUACUGUUUUUCUUAAAAUCAAUUUUACUAGGAUACGAUUAGACCGUCCAUCUAUUAAAAGCAAUAUUUUUAAAUGCGUCAGAUCAACGGAGCCCGGCCUAGUAGAUGACAUGAUUAAACUAAAAUCUUAGUACUCCCUGAUCUACUUGUACGAUACGUAGUUUACUAAGUUUACAUAGUGGUUGAGGUAGUUUUUGAAUCUUAUUACUCUGUGAAGAGUAAGAAAAUUUCGAAAAAUACCGUGAUCAUGUGAAAUAAUACUUUAAGGUAAAGUUUGUAGUCUGAGAGUCGUUACGUUGAUCGAAAGCUACGCUUGAAGUGUAGCCAUGGCAUUAUUAGAAGACGUAGGCCACCCGAGCCCCGCCCGAGCCAACGAACGGAAACAAUAUACAUACAACACAAUAAACAAACAUUAGAUAGUCAAAAUUAUAAUAUUCAUAUCAUUAGUUUUUACUUUAGAAACAAUUUUUGCAUGUAAUUUAUUGUAAGUUUAAAUUCUUUAACGAUUGAACUGAUAUGCUUUUGCCUGAGUUAGUUUUAUAUCUAGUGAUCUUUGUGACGGUGCGACUGGCAUCGUGUUCGCUUUAUUAGAUUUUAAUUGUUUAAUGCUUUAUUAAAACGUUACAAAUACGCAGGUGCUCAGCAAAGAAUAGUAUAACCGACUGCCGAUUGAGUUUGUAAAUAUAAUAAAGUAUUUAUGUAUACGACGUUUGUAUUGUACUGCGCAAGCACGCGUUUGCCUUACCGCAGUGGCAGAGGGCUCGGCGUUUGUAUAUAGAGAACAAUAAUAUAUGUGUAACUAUUAUACAUAGUUGGUUACUUUUAUAAGGUGCGCGUGUGUGUACAUUAUAUUGUGGAGGCGACGGGCCGAGCGGCCCGCUCUAGUGCUAUUUUCUUUAUUUAGUGUCCUAAUAACUAUUGUAUUGUCAACUAAGCUUACCAGUCAUGUAUGUAUAGACGAUUGAUAUAAUUAAUUUAACGCCGAUUUUAGUCAUAAACAUCCAAAUUUAGUUUAUGAUAUUUUAAA